AUGGAGCAGAAAGUGGAAGAAACGAAAAACGCAGUGAGAAUCUUCAUCGGAGGAUUGGGGGAGGCAGUGAGCGCCGAAGACCUUCGAAGCUUAUUCUCCUCUCUUGGUAGCGUCCAAGCCGUCCAAACCAUCCGAACCAAAGGUCGCAGUUUCGCCUACCUCGACUUCCUUUCCGACCCUAAAUCCCUUUCCAAGCUCUUCAGCAAGUAUAAUGGGUGUCUGUGGAAGGGUGGAAGGCUGAGACUGGAAAAGGCCAAAGAAGAUUAUCUCACGCAGUUGAAGAGAGAAUGGGAGCAAGUCGCUCUUGAUGAAGCUACUCAACCAGCCCCCGCUUCUCCUAAGGAAAUGCCCUACACCACCACAAUCCCUUCCAAGUCAAAUACCAAACACCUCAAUAUUUUCUUUCCCAGAUUGAGAAAGGUAACCUGUUUAGGUGCUUGUUUUUAG